AUGGCGAGUACUACAGUUAGUUUAACGAUUCUGAUUCUGAUUGUGAGUGUUUUGUGUUUGGCGGAAUGCAAGUAUAUGGUUUACAAUACUUCACAGGGCAUUGUUCCUGGGAAGCUUAAUGUUCAUAUGGUUCCUCAUUCGCAUGAUGAUGUUGGGUGGUUGAAGACCAUUGACCAAUAUUAUGUUGGCUCUAAUAACUCUCUACAGGGAGCGUGUAUUCAGAACGUACUGGAUUCGUUGAUUCCCGCACUAUUGGCUGAUAAAAACAGAAAGUUUAUUUUUGCUGAACAGGCAUUUUUCCAGCGGUGGUGGGAAGAUCAGAGUGAAGCAAUGCAAAACACAGUCAGAACUCUUGUCAGCUCGGGUCAACUAGAGAUGAUAAAUGGUGGUAUGUGCAUGCAUGAUGAGGCGACAACACAUUACAUUGACAUGAUAGAUCAGACAACUUUGGGCCACCGAUUUAUUAAAAAGGAGUUCAAUGUCACUCCAAGAAUCGGUUGGCAAAUCGACCCCUUUGGACAUUCUGCUGUUCAGGCUUACCUUCUGGGGGCAGAGGUUGGAUUUGACUCUCUUUUCUUUGCACGUAUUGACUACCAAGAUAGAGCAAAGAGGAAAGGUGACAAGAGUCUUGAGGUUAUCUGGCGGGGUUCUAAGAGUAUUGGUUCGUCUGCUCAGAUAUUUACUGGUGCAUUCCCUGAGAACUAUGAACCACCAAGUACAUUUUACUUUGAAGUCAACGAUGAUUCCCCGAUUGUCCAGGAUAACGUUAACCUCUUUGACUACAAUGUUCAAGAGCGUGUUAAUGAUUUUGUAGCUGCUGCAUUGUCACAGGCUAACAUUACCCGUUCAAACCAUAUAAUGUGGACUAUGGGAACAGAUUUCAAGUAUCAAUAUGCCCAGACAUGGUUUCGCAAUAUGGACAAGCUCAUACAUUAUGUAAAUCAAGAUGGGCGUGUAAAUGCCUUAUAUUCAACUCCAUCCAUAUACACUGAUGCAAAAUAUGCUUUAAAUGAGUCCUGGCCUCUUAAAACUGACGAUUACUUCCCAUAUGCAGACCGUGUCAAUGCUUAUUGGACUGGUUAUUUUACAAGUAGGCCUGGUCUCAAAGGCUAUGUUAGAAUGAUGAGUGGCUACUAUUUGGCAGCAAGGCAAUUGGAAUUUUUCAGAGGAAGAAUUACUGGACGCACGACUGACUCUUUAGCUGAUGCUUUGGCUAUCGUGCAACAUCACGAUGCGGUUACUGGUACGGAAAAGCAACAUGUCGCCAAUGAUUAUGCUAAACGGCUUUCGAUCGGUUACAAGGAGGCUGAGGAGGUUGUUGCUGCAUCACUUGGUUGUAUGACCCAGUCAUCGCCAUCUUCAGUAUGCAAGAAUCCCAUUCCAAAAUUCACACAGUGUCCGCUUCUGAACAUAAGCUAUUGUCCUCCAACAGAAAUCGAUUUGUCUCUUGGGAAAAAACUAGUGGUGGUCGUCUACAAUUCUUUGGGGUGGACAAGAACAGAUGUUGUGAGAAUUCCUGUUAUCAAUGAGAAUAUAACUGUUCAGGAUUCUGCUGGAAAAGUGAUUGUAUCACAGCUUCUUCCUAUAGUUAAUGCCACAUUAGCUGUGAGGAAGUACUAUGCUAGUGCAUAUACGGGUGAAUCACCCAGUGUUAGUCCCAUGUAUUGGCUAGCAUUUGAAGCGGUGGCACCACCUUUGGGUUUUAGUACUUAUGUGAUCUCAAGUGGUAAAAUCUCAGGGAAGCAAACAUCUUACGCAUCUGAUGGAAGUCAAAAUGAUACUAUAGAAAUAGGCCCAGGCAACUUGAAGCUUAUAUAUUCUGGGAAUGAUGGAAAACUUAUCCAAUAUAUUAAUAAGCGAAACUCGGUUAAAGUUUCUCUGGGGCAAUCAUAUAGUUACUAUGCUGGAGUAGACUUUGACUCAGAUCAGGCCACUGGAGCAUACAUUUUUCGCCCAAAUGGUACCUCAUUCCCAAUUCAGUCUGAGAAGAUUCCACUAACAGUUCUUCGGGGACCACUGUUUGAUGAAGUCCAUCAAAGAAUUAGUUCAUGGAUAUAUCAGAUUACGAGAGUCUACAAGGAGAAGGAACACGUUGAGUUUGAAUUUACUGUGGGCCCCAUACCCAUUGACGAUGGAGUUGGCAAAGAAGUUGUAUCUCAGAUAUCAACCGCAUUACAAAACAACAAAACAUUUUAUACAGACUCUAAUGGACGCGAUUUUCUUGAACGGAUUCGAGACUAUAGAGCUGAUUGGGACCUUCAAGUGAACCAACCUGUUGCUGGAAACUAUUAUCCUAUCAAUCUUGGAAUUUACAUGAAAGAUAAGACCACUGAGCUAUCAAUCUUGGUGGAUAGAUCUGUGGGAGGUUCGAGCAUUGUUGACGGCCAAGUGGAGCUAAUGCUCCAUAGGAGAUUGAUCUAUGAUGAUGGCAGAGGUGUUGACGAGGCUUUAAAUGAAACAGUUUGCGUUCUUGAUAAAUGCACAGGUUUAACGGUCCAAGGUAAGUACUUCGUAAGAUUUGAUCCACUUGGAGAGGGAUCCAAGUGGCGUCGGACAUUUGGACAGGAGAUAUACUCUCCAUUUGUUUUAGCUUUCACUGAGCAGGAUGACAACUGGACAAACUUCCAAGUGCCAUCCUUUUACGGCAUGGACCCGUCCUACAGUUUACCCCACAAUGUUGCGAUUAUAACCCUCCAGGAGCUUGAAGAUGGAAGUGUCCUACUCCGGUUUGCUCAUUUAUACGAGGUCGGAGAGGAUAACGACUUUUCAGUAUUGGCAACUGUAGAGUUAAAAAGAAUUUUCCCGAAUAAGAUGAUCAAAGUUACAGAAAUGAGUUUAUCUGCUAAUCAAGAAAGAGAAGAAAUGGAGAAGAAAAGAUUAGUUUGGAAAGUAGAAGGCUUGAAUGGAAAACAAGGCAAAGUGUUGAGAGGGCGUCCAGUGGAUCCCGUGAAGUUGCUUGUAGAACUUGCACCAAUGGAAAUUCGUACAUUCAUCAUAAACUUCAACUGA